GGGGGCGGCUGGCGCGGGCAGGAAGCGCCUCGUCGCCCGGGCCCGCCCCCCGCCUGCUGCCGCCUCCGGGCUCCCGAUCCCGGCCGCGCCGCGCCCCAUGCACUCGCCGCGCAGCGCACCCCGCUCACGCCCGGAUGGCUCGUCGCGCCGCGGGCGGCGCACCCCGUAGCGCCCGGGCCGCCGCGUCCAGCCCUCUGCGGGCGCGCCGGCCAUUCCCGACCCCGCCGCGGCCGCGCGUGCCCCCGCGGGGCCGGUGGCCGCUCCUGCUGCUGCUCCUGGGCGCGGCGCGGGUGGGCGCCCUGGAGAUCCAGCGCCGCUUCCCCUCGCCCACGCCCACCAACAACUUCGCCCUGGACGGCGCGGCGGGCACGGUGUACCUGGCGGCCGUCAACCGCCUCUACCAGCUGUCGGGCGCCAACCUGAGCCUGGAGGCCGAGGCGGCCGUGGGGCCGGUGGCCGACAGCCCUCUGUGUCACGCCCCGCAGCUGCCCCAGGCCUCGUGCGAGCACCCGCGGCGCCUCACCGACAACUACAACAAGAUCCUGCAACUGGACCCUGGCCAGGGGCUGGUGGUCGUGUGCGGUUCCAUCUACCAGGGCUUCUGCCAGCUGCGCCGCCGGGGCAACAUCUCGGCCGUGGCGGUGCGCUUCCCGCCCGCCGCGCCGCCCGCGGAGCCCGUCACCGUGUUCCCCAGCAUGCUGAACGUGGCGGCCAACCACCCGAACGCGUCCACCGUGGGGCUGGUGCUGCCGCCGGCCGCCGGCGCGGGAGGCAGCCGCCUGCUGGUGGGCGCCACGUACACCGGCUACGGCAGCGCCUUCUUCCCGCGCAAUCGCAGCCUGGAGGACCACCGCUUCGAAAACACACCCGAGAUCGCCAUCCGCUCCCUGGAUGCGCGCGGCGACCUGGCCAAGCUCUUCACCUUCGACCUUAACCCCUCCGACGACAACAUCCUCAAGAUCAAGCAGGGCGCCAAGGAACAGCACAAGCUGGGCUUCGUGCGCGCCUUCCUGCACCCGCCGGAUCCGCCGCCGAGCGCGCCGUCCUACGCGUACCUGGCGCUCAACAGCGAGGCGCGCGCGGGCGACAAGGAGAGCCAGGCGCGGAGCCUGCUGGCGCGCAUCUGCUUGCCCCGCGGCGCCGGCGGCGACGCCAAGAAGCUCACGGAGUCCUACAUCCAGCUGGGCUUGCAGUGCGCGGGCGGCGCGGGCCGCGGCGACCUCUACAGCCGCCUGGUGUCGGUCUUCGCCGCACGCGAGCUGCUCUUUGCAGUCUUUGAGAGGCCCCAGGGGGCCCCCGCGGUCCGCGCGGCUCCCGCGGCGCUCUGCGCCUUUCGCUUCGCGGACGUGCAAACCGCUAUCCGCAAGGCGCGCACCGCCUGCUUCGUGGAGCCGGCACCCGACGUGGUGGCGGUGCUGGACAGUGUGGUGCAGGGCACCGGGCCAGCCUGCGAGCCCAAGCGCAAUAUCCAGAUGGUUCUGCUGCUACAUUCUGGUGACCUCCCUGAGUCCCUGCUCAGAGCCUCCAAUGUCCAGCUGCAGCAGGAGCAGCUGGACUGUGGUGCCGCCCACCUGCAGCACCCGCUGUCCAUCCUGCAGCCCCUAAAGGCCACACCCGUGUUCCGAGCCCCAGGCCUCACCUCCGUGGCUGUAGCCAGUGUCAACAACUACACCGCCGUCUUUCUGGGCACAGUCAAUGGGAGACUUCUCAAGAUCAGUCUGAACGAGAGCAUGCAGGUGGUGAGCAGGCGGGUGGUAACGGUGGCCUAUGGGGAGCCCGUGCACCAUGUCAUGCAGUUUGACCCAGCAGACCCCGGUUACCUUUAUCUGAUGACGUCCCACCAGAUGGCCAGGGUGAAGGUUGCUGCUUGCAAUGUGUACGCCACCUGCGGGGACUGCGUGGGUGCGGCGGACGCCUACUGUGGAUGGUGCACCCUGGAGACACGGUGCACUCUGCAGCAGGACUGUGCCAACUCCAGCCAGCAGCAUUUCUGGACCAGCGCCAGCGAGGGUCCCGGCCGCUGUCCCUCCAUGACCGUCCUGCCUGCUGACAUUGACGUGCACCGAGAGUACCCAGGCAUGAUCCUGCAGAUCUCCGGCAGCCUGCCCAGCCUCAGCGGCAUGGAGAUGGCCUGUGACUACGGGAACAACAUCCGCACCAUGGCCCGGGUGCCUGGGCCUGCCUUUGGCCAUCAGAUCGCCUACUGCAACCUCCUGCCAAGGGACCAGUUCCCGCCCUUCCCACCCCACCGCGACCAUGUGACCGUGGAGAUGUCUAUGAGAGUCAACGGGCGGAACAUCGUUGGAGCCAAUUUCACCAUCUAUGACUGUAGCCGCAUGGGACAAGUGUAUCCCCACACAGCCUGCACCAGCUGCCUGUCAACACAGUGGCCCUGUUUCUGGUGUACCAAGAAACACACCUGUGUCUCCAACCAGUCUCAGUGCGAAGCCUCCCCAAACCCCAUGAGACCCCAGGACUGCCCCCAGACCCUGCCCUCACCCCUGGCACCCGUACCCACUGGCGGCUCCCAGGACAUCCUGGUGCCUCUGGCCAACGCUGCUUUUUUCCAAGGUUCAGCCCUAGAGUGUAGCUUUGGGCUGGAGGAGAUCUUCGAGGCUGUAUGGGAAAAUGAAUCUGUUGUACGCUGCAACCAAGUGGUGCUGCACACAACCCAGAAGAGCCAGGUGUUUCCACUCAGCCUACAACUAAAAGGGUGGCCAGCCCGAUUCUUGGACAGCCCUGACCCCAUGACAGUCGUGGUCUACAACUGCGCCAUGGGCAGCCCCGACUGUUCCCAGUGCCUGGGCCGCGAGGACCAGGGUCAUCUGUGCAUGUGGAGUGAUGGCUGCCGCCUGCGGGGCCCCAUCCAGCCCCUGCCUGGCACCUGCCCUGCCCCGGAGAUCCGUGAGAUUGAGCCCCUGAGUGGCCCCCUGGAUGGAGGGACUCUGCUGACCAUCCGCGGCAGGAACCUGGGCCGGCGACUCAGUGACGUGGCCCAUGGUGUGUGGAUCGGCAGCGUGGCCUGUGAGCCGCUAGCUGACAGAUACACGGUGUCGGAGGAGAUCGUGUGUGCCACGGGGCCAGCCCCAGGGCUGUUAUCAGAUGUGGUGACAGUGAACGCCUCCAAGGAGGGCAGGUCUCGGGAGCGCUUCUCCUACGUGCUGCCCCUGAUCCACUCCCUGGAGCCUGCCAUGGGCCCCCAGGCAGGCGGCACCAGGAUCACCAUCCAUGGGAGUGACCUCCAUGUGGGCUCCGAGCUCCAGGUCCUGGUCAAUGGUACAGACCCCUGCAUAGAGCUCACGCGCAGGGACAGCAGCAUCACCUGCACCAUGCCUGGGGGGGCCCUGCCAGCCGCCGUGCCCGUGUGCGUGCGCUUUGAGCACCGGGGCUGUGUGCACGGCAACCUCACCUUCUGGUACAUGCAGAACCCGGUCAUCACGGCCAUCAGUCCCCGCCGCAGCCCUGUCAGCGGUGGCAGGACCAUCACGGUGGCUGGCGAGCGUUUCCACAUGGUGCAGAACGUGUCCAUGGCCGUACACCACAUUGGCCGGGAGCCCACGCUCUGCAAGGUUCUCAACUCCACCCUCAUCACCUGCCCAUCUCCCGGGGCCCUGAGCAAUGCAUCAGCACCCGUGGACUUCUUCAUCAAUGGCCGGGCCUAUGCGGACGAGGUGGCUGUGGCCGAGGAGCUGCUGGAGCCUGAGGAGGCGCAGCGGGGCAGCAGGUUCCGCCUGGACUACCUCCCCAACCCGCAGUUCUCCACAGCCAAGAGGGAGAAGUGGAUCAAGCACCACCCCGGGGAGCCUCUCACCCUGGUCAUCCACAAGGAGCAGGACAGCCUCGGGCUCCAGAGCCAUGAGUACCGCGUCAAGAUUGGCCAAGUGGCCUGUGACAUCCAGAUUGUCUCAGACAGAGUCAUCCACUGCUCAGUCAACGAGUCCCUGGGAGCCACCGAGGGGCAGCUGCCCAUCACAAUCCAGGUAGGAAACUUUAACCAGACCCUUGCCACACUGCAGCUGGGGGGCAGCGAGACGGCCAUUAUCGUGUCCAUCGUCAUCUGUAGCAUCCUGCUGCUGCUCUCCGUGGUGGCGCUGUUUGUCUUCUGCACCAAGAGCCGCCGGGCAGAGCGCUACUGGCAGAAGACCCUGCUGCAGAUGGAAGAGAUGGAAUCUCAGAUCCGGGAGGAAAUCCGCAAAGGCUUUGCGGAGCUGCAGACGGAUAUGACAGACCUGACCAAGGAGCUGAACCGCAGCCAGGGCAUUCCCUUCCUGGAGUAUAAGCACUUUGUGACCCGAACCUUCUUCCCCAAGUGUUCUUCCCUCUAUGAAGAGAGCUAUGUACUGCCCUCUCAGACCCUCAACUCCCAGGGCAGCUCCCCGGUGCAGGAGACGCACCCACUGCUGGGAGAGUGGAAGAUUCCUGAGAGCUGCCGGCCCACCAUGGAAGAGGGUAUCAGCCUGUUCUCCUCACUGCUCAACAACAAGCACUUCCUCAUCAUCUUCGUCCACGCACUGGAGCAGCAGAAGGACUUCGCGGUACGCGACAGGUGCAGCCUGGCGUCCCUGCUGACAAUCGCGCUCCACGGCAAGCUGGAGUACUACACCAGCAUCAUGAAGGAGCUGCUGGUGGACCUCAUCGACGCCUCUGCUGCCAAGAACCCCAAGCUCAUGCUGCGGCGCACAGAGUCCGUGGUGGAGAAGAUGCUGACCAACUGGAUGUCCAUCUGCAUGUACAGCUGUCUGCGGGAGACAGUGGGGGAGCCGUUCUUCCUGCUCCUAUGUGCCAUCAAGCAGCAGAUCAACAAGGGCUCCAUCGACGCCAUCACGGGCAAGGCCCGCUACACGCUCAACGAGGAGUGGCUGCUGCGGGAGAACAUCGAGGCCAAGCCCCGGAACCUGAACGUGUCCUUCCAGGGCUGCGGCAUGGACUCACUGAGCGUGCGGGCCAUGGACACCGACACCCUGACGCAGGUGAAGGAGAAGAUCCUGGAAGCCUUCUGCAAGAACGUGCCCUACUCCCAGUGGCCUCGUGCAGAGGAUGUUGACCUCGAGUGGUUCGCCUCAAGCACACAGAGCUACAUCCUGCGGGACCUGGACGACACCUCGGUGGUGGAAGAUGGCCGCAAGAAGCUUAACACUCUGGCCCACUACAAGAUCCCUGAAGGUGCCUCCUUGGCCAUGAGCCUCAUAGACAAGAAGGACAACACGCUGAGCAGAGUGAAGGACUUGGACACAGAGAAGUAUUUCCAUUUGGUGCUGCCCACGGAUGAGCUGGCUGAGCCCAAGAAGUCCCACCGGCAAAGCCACCGCAAGAAGGUUCUCCCAGAAAUCUACCUGACACGUCUGCUGUCCACCAAGGGCACGCUGCAGAAAUUUCUGGAUGACCUGUUCAAGGCCAUUCUGAGCAUCCGGGAAGACAAGCCCCCACUGGCUGUCAAGUACUUCUUCGACUUCCUGGAGGAACAGGCUGACAAGAGGGGAAUCUCAGACCCCGACACCCUGCACAUCUGGAAGACCAACAGCCUUCCUCUCCGGUUCUGGGUAAACAUCCUGAAGAACCCCCAGUUUGUCUUCGACAUUGACAAGACAGACCACAUCGACGCCUGCCUCUCGGUCAUCGCACAGGCCUUCAUUGACGCCUGCUCCAUCUCUGACCUGCAGCUGGGCAAGGAUUCCCCAACCAAUAAGCUCCUGUAUGCCAAGGAGAUUCCCGAGUACCGGAAGAUCGUGCAGCGCUACUACAAGCAGAUCCAGGACAUGGCCCCGCUCAGCGAGCAGGAGAUGAACGCCCAUCUGGCCGAGGAGUCACGGAAAUACCAGAAUGAGUUCAACACCAACGUGGCCAUGGCAGAGAUUUAUAAAUACGCCAAGAGGUAUCGCCCUCAGAUCAUGGCUGCCUUGGAGGCCAAUCCCACGGCCCGGAGGACGCAGCUGCAGCACAAGUUUGAGCAGGUGGUGGCUCUGAUGGAAGACAACAUCUAUGAGUGCUACAGCGAGGCCUGAGACGUACCGGGCAAGAGCCUGUCAGCACUGCUGCGGGGGAAACAGGGUGCCCACCAGGCCUGGGCCUCAUCUUAUGCCUGGCGUCCUUGCGUCUGGCUGGGAACUACCGAGCAGAAAUGACUGGGGCAAGGGGAUAAAGGAGGAGCCGCUCUGAGCCAAGCAGAGGAGCCCUGACCCUGGCCCCGUGGGCACCUCUGCCCGCUCCCACCUGCCCCCAGAUCGCCUCUGGGAUGGGGACCUUGAAUGCCACAGCCAGUGCCUGGUAAAGCUCAGCCUGGACUGUGCCCACCACUCACUCUGCUGAGAAAGCCCUGCCCAUGCGGGUGGCCCAGCACAAAUCCGGGCAGAGGAGAGCACCUGGGGAGGCUGCAGCCCAGGAACACUACCUCAUCCAAAUUGGUGCAGGGUGCCUCCUUGAACCAGCCCUCGGUUAGUUUCUGCUUUAACCACCAAAGUUAUCUGUUUCCCCUCACGGGGGAGGACCUUGACCACAGGCAGAUUCAGUGUUCUGUUUUUGUUGAGGGAGCAGCUACUGGUAGAGUGGGCAGUGCCCACUGGCCACAGGUGGGCUCUGUGGGCUUCUCCCCAAGUGGGCAGGGGCUGAGAAGAGGGGACAGGUGCUGGGAGCUUCCAGCCCCCCUGUAAGGAGAGGGGCUUCCCGGGCACCGAGGCUGUAGCUGGGCUACUCAGUCUUGCUGGAGGUGUUUCUAAAGAUAGCACCACUUUUUUGUUGUUUUUAAAAAAGCUUUUAUAUAUUAAAAAAAACUUAUGCGCCAACUGUGAAUAGCUGCCGCUUGUGCAGAGGACCUGGGGAGGGAUCCUGAGAGGCUCCCAAUGCAACACUGGAAACGACUGUUCCAGAGACAGGCAGACCUGGCAGAGACCCCCCCUUAGCGCCCUGAGCCAUCACCAGUUCUGUCAGAAGCAACAACCUUCUGUGGCUGCUCUAGCCGUUCAGUCCCUGCGCAGCAGAAACAGCCAGAGCUGGGACUGGCUAGAGGGGGGUGACCAGGAUUCUCUGGAAUCUUCUUUAUAAUAAAAGCCUGAUGGGAAAACCUACUGUGGGCUCCAGC